GGGGGACACGCCGCCGGGGCGAAGCUAACAGGAUAUUAGCCACCUCUCUCGCCGCUCCGGCUUUGUGGUCGCAGGCCACGGACUGAGGCGCAUUCAUCCCCGACCGGGCGAUGGGGAGGCUGUGGCUUGAUGGCAGCUAAUUAUUUAAUGGGAAGCAGCAAUUGGAUGCGGCCGAACGGACAAAGGAAGGGUUUGAUUCGAUCGUAAUCUGCGAACAGUUCGACUCCUGUUCGUUUUUUGUUUUUUUGUUUUUUUUUCAUUUUAAUUUUUUUCAUUUUUUUUUUUCAGUUUUUUUUUUUACUUGAAACUUGAAAAUGCAUCGGGGUGCCGGAGCCGUGUCGAAGUUGGGAUAGAAGAGACGCACGGGAACACAGCGGGGAUUGCAAGUGCCUGCGGAGGAAAGAACUGCCCUUCGGAGAGAGAGAGAGAGAGAGAGAGAGAGAGAGCGCUGACAUUAGAAAUGUCUACCGCGAAAGAAAACCCCUGUAGGAAAUUCCAGGCGAACUUCUUCAACAAAAGCAAGUGUCAGAACUGCUUCAAACCACGGGAGCUGCAUCUCUUGACGGACCAGGAUUUGACGCAGGCUAAACCCAUUUAUGGUGGAUGGCUGUGCUUGGCCCCCGAGGGAACUGACUUUGACAAUCCUAUGCAAAGAUCCCGGAAAUGGCAAAGGAGAUUCUUUGUGCUGUACGAACAUGGAUGUCUGCGCUUUGCCCUGGAUGAGUCGCCUAGCACGCUGCCUCAGGGCACGGUGAACAUGAACCUCUGCAAUGACGUCAUCGACGCCGAGCCCAAGACGGGCCAGAAGAACUCCCUGUGCAUCAUCACGCCAGAACAGGAGUACUUCAUCAGAGGAGAGAAUAGAGAGAUCAUCAAUGGGUGGAGCGAGCAGCUGGUGGUGUACCCCCGCACCAACAAACAGAACCAGAAGAAGAAACGCAAGGUGGAGCCCACGACCUCCCAGGAGCCAGGUCCGGCCAAGGUUGCAGUGACUGGCUCUGGUAUCCCUGAGGCCGAGAAGGUUCCAGACUCCAGCUCCAUAAUCUGGCAGGAGGAACUGAACCAGAGGGAGGCUGAGGGGGCUGCAGUCUGGGCCACAGCUGAUGUGCCCCCGGGCUCGCCACUGCCCUCCACAGGUGACUGUGCGUCUGUGGGCCAUGGCUCGGACGCAGGCUCGGUGAAUGGUGACGAGGUAGACCGGGCAAGCCUGCCGCUUCUCAGCUCUGCGCCGCAGCCCCCCAGCGACCUGCUCUCCCCCACAGGCUCCUGCUCCAGCCUGGGAGGCGUCCCGCGCUGCCUCUCCCCAGCCCCUAGCGACCCCUUUCCCUCUGGCAGCUCCCUGCUCUCCAACGGCUCGCACAUCAGCGGCUCGGUCAGCUCCCUGGACUCCGACGCCAGCGGCAGCACAGUGACCAGCAACGACAGUCACCCGACCUCACAGAGGGGCAGCCACUCUUACAGCCACCACGACACUCCGCGGUCCCGGCGGAUGGAGGCCGAGGCCAGAAAGGCCGAGAAGAGGAGUCGGUUUAGGAGCCCCGACAGGCAGGAGAGGGAGGCGCUCCUCAGCCCUGAGAGGAGUCGCUCUGGUGUUAUUGAAAAGUUGGAGGCCUUGGAGCUGGAGAAUCCAGAGAAAAUGGAGGUGGAGGAGUCGGGGAGGGGCGGAGCCAGACAGGGCCGAAGUGAGCACAGGCGCUUCCACAGAGAGGAGCAGAGGCGUGACGUUGGUCACGGUCUGGAUUUCCCCUCCACCCUGCCCCCUCUGAGGAGAGCCAAGUCCCUGGACCGAAGAACCACGGAGUCAGUCAUGACACCUGAUUUACUGAACUUCAAGAAAGGUUGGAUGGUGAAGCUGGAUGAGCAAGGCCAGUGGAAGAAAUACUGGUUUGUGCUGACGGAUCACAGCCUGCGAUACUAUAAGGACUCAAUUGCAGAGGAGGCCUCCGACCUGGACGGGGAGAUUGACCUGUCCACUUGCUACAAUGUAACCGAGUACCAGGCUCAGCGCAACUAUGGUUUCCAAAUACAUACUCAGGAGGGAGUGCACACACUGUCCGCCAUGACAGCGGGUAUACGCAGGAACUGGAUCCAGGCGGUCAUGAAGAACGUCAGACCCUCCACGGCCCCCGAUGUGGCGAGCUCAACUGAGGAUCACGGCUCGUUCUCCACUUUGGAAGGUCUGGUCAGGCCAGACGUCGCGCAGGACUCACCCUCCUCCGAGGCCUCCUCAGUAGAGAGGGAACCCACUGCGGGCGUCACAAAGAGCCGGGCGCGCGAGCGAAGACGAGAAGGCCGCUCUAAGACCUUCGACUGGGCGGAGUUCAGACCCAUCGCUCAGGCCCUGGCUCAGCAGCGGGCGCAAGAGGCCGAGAGCCUCCAGGCAGACUUGGGGGAGCUCGAGCGGAGCCGGAGAAGGGAGGAGAGGCGGAAGAGGUACGAAUCUGUGACCAGCACAUCGGCAGAACACGCCUCGGUUGAUGAAGCGGGGAGGACGGACUGUGAGAGUGGAGAGGGACACUUAGAUCCACCAGGUCCCACGUCUUUGGAGAGGCAGCAGAGGGUGGAGGAGGUGAUCGAACAACACUGGCGACAGGUGGAGAAGACGCCCUUGCGGGAGGAGAGACGGGUGCCCCUGCCCACCGCAGUGCAACCCACAGAGACCGCAGAGCUGGAGCAGCUGUUGGAGAAUUACAAGCAAGGGAUCGACGACCUGAAGGCCCAGUUGGAGAGCUGUCACCAGCAGCUCCUGGACUCCAACAAGCACAAGCAGGAUCUGGAGCUCCAGCUGAGAACCGCUGUGGAGAGAGAGCACGACGUCCGCACAGGUUACAUCUCUCCGCUGGAGGACCCUUUGGGUCUGGAGGCUGAUGUGACGCCCCAGACGAAGAGGCCUGAACUGGCCACCUGCGAGAGGGGUUUCGCUGCCAUGGAGGACUCCCAUCAGAGGGUCAUCGAUGAGCUGCAGAGGAAACACCAGAGAGAGCUGGAGAACCUGCAUGAGGAGAAGGAGAGGCUGCUGGCCGAGGAGACGGCAGCCACCAUCGCUGCAAUUGAGGCGAUGAAAAACGCCCACCGCACAGAGCUGGAGAAGGAACUGGACAGGGCUCGCAAGGCCAACAACAACGCAGAGAACGCUGACAUAGACGAGAUCCACCGACAGCACGAGGAGGAGCUGUGUUCAUUCCAGCGGGAGAUCGAGGUGUUGUCGGAGCAGUACUCCCAGAAGUGCCUGGAAAACGCCCACCUGGCCCAGGCGCUGGAGGCCGAGAGGCAGGCCCUCAGGCAGUGUCAGAGGGAGAACCAGGAGCUCAACGCACACAACCAGGAGCUGAACAACCGUCUGGCAGCAGAGAUCACGAAAAUGCGUUCCAUGACGUCUGAGGAUGGACUAGGAGACAUGACCACAAUACAGGGGAAAGAGCUCUACGAGUUUGAAGUGAUGUUGAGGGUGAAGGAGUCUGAGGUCCAGUACCUGAAGCAGGAAAUCAAUUCCCUGAAGGACGAACUCCAAUCUGCCCAAAGAGACAAGAAAUACUCAACAGAUAAGUACAAGGACAUCUACACAGAGCUGAGCAUUGUCAAGGCCAAAGCGGAGCGGGAUCUGGGCCGGCUCAGAGACCAGCUGCAGCUGGCACACGAGGCGCUCGGCGAGCAGUCGCUGGAGGACGUGGAGCGAGGGGGAUACGAUAUCAUGAAAUCCAAAAGCAACCCUGACAUCCUCAAGAUGGCGGCUGCCGCAGCCAAACGCUCGGAGCGCACCAUGAGAUCGAAGAGUCUGAAGGAAGGGCUGACCGCCGAGCAGAGACUUCACCUGUUUGAGAACAAAGACACCAAGGAGUUCUGACAGCGGCGCCUCGUGUCUCCCCACUGUGCUGCAUGUUUAGAAGCUCCACUAUAUUAUAGCUCUGUAAUGACUUAUUUAGUUAACACUACACACUGGUCACAAACACAGAUCUUAUAUUAUUAAUAAAAAACAUGGUAUGAAGUUUGAAUUCCAUGUCUAGAGUUUGCAUUCCAUGCACUUCAGUUAACUGUGACAUUUGUUUUUGUAUUGGGUUUUUUUUGCUGCCAUGUCUUACUGUAAAUACUGUUUUUAAUUGAGCAUCUGUCUUGCAUACACUAAAACUAUGACUGUGUAAGCUACUGUUUUUUAACUCCCUAGACUGUUGCUAGCCAAAGGCCUAACUGUGACGUGGAACGAGAAAAACACAACCGCACACCUGACGAGUGAGUAAUACUUGCGUAACGAAACAAAAAAAAGCAUAGGAAUGAGUCUUGGCGCUCGGGUCUGCACGUGAAUCGCUCUGUCACUCCGUUAACAUUCCAGCACAGACAUGGAAGUGUUGCUCAGCGAACCCAGCGGUAAGAGAACAGUCACCGACCACGUCCCUUCAACACCUCAACUUUAGAUUAACAUCAAAGAUGUCCUCCGUCAUCGCCGGGUCACUUUGAGAUGCCUGUUUGAACGGGACAGCUGAAUGCACAUGGACGGGAUUCACUGACUAUAAUUUAUAUAUAUAUAUACAUAUAUAUAUAUAUAUGUAUAUAUAUAUAUAUUAUGAAAAUUUAUAGGUAUUUUUUUUUUCUCACUGCAAUCAUUGGUCCAGCUGUAUAGGAGCUGUCGGAGUUGGUUUAUGUUUGUAGUCGUGUUCAGUGGCAGUCCCUUUUGUAUUUAUUUAAAUGGUUGGGAUUUUUUCUUUCACAUUCCCAUUCCUCUGUACUCUAUUAUUGUAAAUAUAAAAGCAAAUAUACACCAACUGACUACAGGUUUAUUAGCAAUAAAUAUUUUUGCACCCUU